CCUUCCGUGCGGGGAGGUAAGGGAACAUUUAGUGUAAGCAAAGUGAUGAGACGAUCAUCCUAUCCUCUCAGUCUUCUCCGCCAACCGUAUUGAAUCUUCCUUAUGCAGUUAUUAUGGUCUUCUAUGUAGUGUAUGUCAGGUUGCUCAGGCUGACUGGGUGGUUAGGCACCUCGAUCGACCCAUAGAAGUGGCGCCGUGGGGCAGAAUACCCCGUUGAGACAAGGGAUUGUGCAUAAGCGAUGUUGCCCUACCAAUCAUCAUCCUUCUCUUCCUUGCUCUAUCCAACUGGGAUUUCCCAGCGAAUGAGCUGAUUUGAAAGUAGGCUGGUUCAGCUGAACUUACUGUGCAUAUCGCGGCAGCCAGGGCUAUGCGGAUCCCUGUGAAGAGCCGCUUGGGGUCCAAAUAUUUUAGGGUAUUGAGUGUCCCGCUGCUACUCGAGUUGAAGUUGCUCAAGAAGAACGGAAUAGAAUAAUAUAUAAUGACUUGAAACCUAUUAUUAUCGAGAAAUAUUAGUUCUCAAGAAAAGUGUAUAUCGUCAAUAAACAUAGCACGUGCCGAAAUGGCACCGCCGACAUUGCAAACCUCAGUUAGUGGGUUGAGCAUAAGCUCCCCUAUUGAGAAAGCAGCAGAUAUAUCCGAACAGAAAGAAAUCGACGCGAUCUGGAAAGAUGUUUACAACAAAGUCGUCGAGCUCGCCGGUGGGGAUCCGAGACGGGUUCAAGGGACCCUCGACAUCAAUGCUGUUCUUAAGUACGUUGACGACGUGCAAGCCUCGAGCAAAAAGAAGUCCGAGAAAUUCGGCACGUUCAAGAGUAUAGUCAGUAGAACGCUACAAUGUAUAAAUACUGUUGGAGGAAUAGUUGCCGACGGUGCUUCAACCGUCUUUGCCCCAGCGGGGAUGUGCUACAACGCACUCACCUUCGUUAUACAAGCUUGGCAGGGCUAUGAAGGUAUCUUUGAUAACCUCGCCGAGUUGCUUGAGAAAUGCACAGAAUUUCUCGAGCGCCUCGAGUCCUACCAAGGAAAGAUGGAUAAGAGGCUUACACGUGUUGCGGUCCAGAACCUUCGACUAUUCGUCGAAAUAUGUGAUCACACAAUCAAGCUGCGCAAGAAGCACAAUAAGCUAUUCGCGUUCACGAAGCAGCUAUUCUUGAAUGACAAUGGCAUUCAGAACCUGCUUAGCUACAUGGAUCGGCUCAAUGCGAAAGAAGCACUUCUGGUUAACGCGCAGACUUACAAGCUCGUGAGUGAUAGCGCUGGAGACAUCAAGUUGAUGCUUGACGGCCAGAAGGAGCAGAAGAAGGAACAAGAGUCAAAGAAGUGGAGGGCAGCCAUCGCGAAGGCACUAGGCUUCCCUACCACGUCGUUAGACAAGGACGGAGAGCCGAUUCCGUCUUGGCAAAAGACUUUUGAUGCUCGUAAGAACAUGCUGGUCGAUGACACUGGCAAGUGGAUCUUAGAAGAUGAGGCAUUCCUAGAAUGGACGGACUCGAAAUCUUUUAAGAAGCCCGUAAUGGUUUUGGGGGGCAGGAAUGGCUCUGGAAAAACGUCGGCGAUGGCCAACACUAUGAAAUAUCUGAGGAAGAUAAGUCGGGUUGGGCCAACCUCCCGAAUCGUCACGCCUUACUUCUUCGUAGAUGUCGACAAGAAGAAAUCUGAUGAUGAAGAUACCAGCACUGUUCUAGAGUUAGUUUCGCGGGCGUUGCUCUGGCAGAUUUCGAUAGCCUACGAGGCGAUGACUAAAUCCGUGUACCAAAUCCUCGAGAAAACUCCUGAAUUCGAUGGGUCGCUCGACCUCUGGCACCAACUAUUCAUUAACAACAAAGAGCGCACAAACCCGGAUACGGCAUUCUUCUUAUUCAUCGAUAACUUUGACGAGACACUCGUUCCACUACUCGAGAAACUGACCUCCGGGGCCAUAGGCAGGAAGACUCGGGUCUUCUUAACCGCCCGUCCGCAGCUGGUUUCGGAAUGGCUCGAGAAGGAAAGAGGAAUCGAGUUUAACAUGAUCGCAAUUUCAGAGCACAAUAGCGACGAUAUUGAUAAGUAUAUUAUUUCUCGAAUGGAUAGCAUGUCUAUCCUCAAAGAUCCUAGUCGCCCAGGUAUUUCCGAGUGGCGAGAAAAGAUCCUAAGGACGUUACGAUUCAAGUGUGCCGGCGAUUACUUCAAGCUAAACUCGAGUCUUGAUGCCCUUGCAAAGGUCGAUUUAAUCGAUGAUAUCAACAAGGUGCUUGCGGACGCCGAUAAGACUCGUGUCGAUCAGAUAGAUGCUGAACUUCGACGGCUCAACAACUCUCGCACUAUCAAAGAGAUUCAAGAAAUAAACGAGAUUAUCCUAUGGAUCGAGACUGGCCGACGUUGGUUGACAAUCGACAUGAUGGAAGACCUCUUGUCUGUGAAAUACCGGAAUAGCUCGGUUGCGCAACUCCCUAACCCCAUUAUCCCGCUUACGCGGCGAAAGACAGACUCGCCAAAUAUUGAGAGCAUCGGCCAGGAGGCUACGCCAAAAACUCUGACCAUAUCACUUCUUCCUUUCGCCCAGAAACUAGCGGAGAAAUACCCAAUAUUCGCUGUAAAGGAUUCAGGAUACAUCGAUUGGCGCUCUCCAGAAAUUAAAGAUAGAAUCCCGCCAAAAGGUUCCGACCCAGAUGCCGUAAUGGAUGUUGCCGCAUCGGGUCCGCAAAUAAUCCAAGAGUCUGAAAUUGCUAUCGUCAAUCAUUUUCUUAGCAACGUAUGCCCUCCCGAUCUCUACAAGAGAUUCGAAUUCGAGAAUUUUUUCCGUAAGAAGCUCGGAGCGAAACACAAGGACUACAUCUGCCUUGAUCCUGAUAACGCGGAUAUCAAGGCUGCCAUAGCCUGCUUGAUCAUACUUACGGAGGAAGAACUGAGGAACAAACGAGGUCUCCGCCAAUAUGCAAUUAACUGGCUAUUUGACCAUUUGAAAGAGGUUGAUCUCUCGGCGGCUGAUCGAGGUUUGAAGGCACAAGUUGGCCCGCUCCUCGUGAAGUUAUUUACGGAGGAGUGUGGGAUCGACUCCUUGUUCUGGCCCUUUGAGUUGGAUGUGAGCAAUCAAACUUGGGAAGGCGACGAGAAUAUCGAUCUUCGUUACGCCAGGAUUGAAUGGGUCUAUUCUACGGCUGGCGUUCAGGAAGUCUCCCGUUGGCUGAGAGACUCUUCGGUGACAAAGCUCAUUACUAGCGACCACCCAGCCGCUUCGUUCGUCACAGAAGUAAAGAGUUCCGCCAAUCUACACAAGGCAGUGCUCUCAUACGCUGCUAAACAUUUGGCAGACCAUCUAUUCCGUCGUGUGGAGUUCCUUAACCGUCAUUUCCGUUGUGCAUGUUGUUUUAUUCGCGGGUAUCUAUCACGACUUGACUCAAAAAGGGCAUCCCAGAUGCCCAAUGAUCCGUUAGUAUAUACCGAGGAGCUCAAUACGCACGUGCUCGAUGGGCUCGAAAGCGCACAAUUCACUAUUGAACAAGUGAAUGAGAUUGAGGCAUUUGCAACAGAAGUGCUUCAAAAAAAAGAUACACCAGAAGAGAAGUCGAGUUGGGAGACUCAUGGUGCAUUAAUUGUAUUUCAACUAUGCGCUUCUGAACCCAGCGCCGUUGAGAUUUAUCAAUCCCGUGCACGAAAGGCGGUCGAUCUCAACCCUCGGAAUUGGCACGCGGUUCAUUUCAUCGCAAAGCAGCGAAACACUGGCGACGAAGAGGCAGUGCAGCUACUAUCGCGGGCUAAACAAGAAAUUGACAACAUCCGUGCUCGGGAUUCGGAAUGGAUCAUGGACGAUUCUAAUUCGGCGUUGUUAGCACGUAUUACGUUGGAUUUAGGAGACCGACUGUGGGACUUGUCUCAGGACUACCAACUUGCUGCACGUACCCAUAGGGAGAGUCUCGAGUACGACUACGUCCGCUUUGCGGACUAUACCAAAGUUCUCACUCGAUACCAAAAACACGGGGCAUUUUCCGAGUUUAUUGCUUUUAUCGAGACGCUGAACAAGACCAGCGAGACUUGGGCUGAGUAUUUCGACGAGUUGGUUUACGGAUUCGUCUAUGAGCUGACGAACGAUUCGGAACCUAACAAGCUAGCCCAAGCUGCGGAUGAAACCAACCGCUGGGACGUCAUUGAGGCUUUCUUCACCCUGGCGUUAGAUAUGGGUGUAAAACGAGAAAACCACGAACUCCUAUUCCUUAUCCGGCACGGCUUUGCAAAGACGCUUGCGAGCGCCGCCGACGGGCUGCAGGAAGACAAAGUUAUCGCCAUCCAAGAAAAGGCCCUCGAAGAUGUUAAACUUCAUCCCACUGAUGCUUUAUCUCGGUAUGAUAUAGACGAUAUGACUAACUCUCUCUCCGAGAGCUACUUGCGUAAAGCGUUCCAGCCUGGCUUAGUCGUUGACAAGGUUGAAUUUUACGGGUCUCGUAUUGCCGACUUGCUGCUGCUAGAUGUCACGAACGAGAGGCUAGACAUUUGGGGACGCAACAUUACUAUAUGCUGUCUAAUACGAUACCACCAUAAGCGUAAGAGCGGCUCGAGACUCGCCAAGGAGUGGACGCAGAGGAUAGUACAAACAAGCAUCGAACUUCUUUCGGAUGAAGACGAGGAUAACGAUGCAACGGCAUAUUGGCUGCUAGAUCGCCUACUAACUAUUGUCGAGGAUACGAAGCAUAGUCGAAUUCUGUGGCAUUUGCGUAACUUGGUGAACCAUGAGGCUCUAGUCAAAUGGCAGGAUUGGACGGCCAAUCAUGUUAGUACACCGAAUGGUACAGUUACAAAUGGUAACUCUACCCCUGCAGCUAUCGACACUGUCAUUAAAGGAAGCGAGGACUCUGGUAACGUAAUGCUCGAGCCGCCUACGCCAUCAAAAGCUACCAGCGACAAUGCUGCCGCAGCUCCUAGGGAGCCGUCUUGGUAUGUGUGGUGUGACGGCUGUGAGAAGCGGUGGGCAGUGGCAGAUGCGCCUCUGUAUACUUGUGCAGACUGCUUAGGAGAGGUUCAGCUUGACGGCGAAUGCUAUGAGCUGCAUAAGAAGGGCGAGUUGAAGAAGAAAGGAUUGAAGUGCACGAAGGAGCAUACCUUCAUCGAAAUAGCUGCUUUCGAUGCAAGUUUGUAUAAAGACAUUCCAAAGGGUUCAGUACCUCUGCCCGAUGCCAAACCCGAGGAGAAGAGGUGGAUGUCUCUUGACGAGUGGAAAGAUGAGUUGAAGAAGCUGUAUUUGAAUGGCGAUACUGUCGAAAGUAAUGUGCAAACGCCUAAAGUUGUGGUGUAGAUAAAGCUGUAUGUAAAAUGUUCUGAUAAAAGAGGCGUUUGUGGGGGCAUGAAGGGUGAGAGAACCGUUUGAUAGUAUUGGAUCAAUUAAAUGAUGAGGAUGAUGAUGAGGUAUGAGAGAAGAAGGGCUAAGUUAGGUACCUAACCUUUUAAGUUAUAUGUUGGAGGUACCUAUGUACCUAGAUAAAGAUUAGGAAAUUUCAAUGAAGCGUUGUAGGUUCGAAGACUGCGGGGUCCUAUACCUAC